AUGCUUCGCUAUCCUGUGUUUUUAUUUGUUUUCUUUACGUACACCUCAGCAGACUUAGAGGGACGUGUCCGAUCACUCCGUGAGGUUCUUGCCGUUCCAAAAGAUGACUUGUCCAUACUUCUGAUGGGCGACACCCAGUACCACUACAAAUGCGAACCAGCAAACAUUGCUUGCAAGAAAUCGUCGAAAAGAUGUCGAGAGAGCUAUGGACUGGAUUACUAUCUUCGUGCCGGGCCGUUAUCAAACGAAACUGUACGCGCAGGUCAAAAAGAAUGUAUUAAGAUUGAGAGCCGAUAUGCAAAUCGAGUUCAACGUCAGGGUUUAGAUCGCUUAAUUUCUUGGAUGAAGUAUCCGCCAUCUGCACUUAUCAUAGAUGGUGAUCUCACGGAUUUUGGUCAUAUAGAACAACAUAAGGAAUUUCAGAACGGAUGGAUGACGUCAUUUCCGGUGCCAAUUUUUGCUGGACUUGGAAAUCAUGAUUAUGAGAACAAUAUCAACGAUUGCGCUUUCAAUUUCUGUGCUCAUACAAUGUUGACGUGGUUUACUAACUACGGAAAGAAUAUGUCGCUUGAAAUGGACUAUCGAAGACACGUAAAAUCAGCGUUUGAUAUUGCAUAUGAUGGUUCAUUCGCUUACUCGACGAGGAUUUGUAGCGUAACCGGUCUCAACUGUGCUCAAGUUAUUCAACUUAACAAUGCAAUCGACUACGAGACUACAUUUUCUUCUUUUCUUGUUGACUGGAAAGUCAAUUCGGCAAUGGAUUUCCUGAAAAACGAAUUAAAACUGCUGAAGGAUGUUGACAUUCCAAUUCUCAUCAAUAUGCAUCAAUGUGAAGGAACACGUUUAGAAAAAUUACGUGAAUUGAUCUCAGAAUGGAUCUACGAAACAAGAAAUGUUGGACAUCGGAAGAAGAUAGCAGCGUUCUAUGCACAUUUACACUCUAUGCAUGAAGUGAAGACUAUGUGUAUUCACGGUAUCGCCGUACCAUUUGUUUAUGUUGGUUCUGUUCCAAAUAACAGAUUUUCAAUGCUUCGAAUUUCUCGAAAUGAAAGCACACUGAUUGGAUUCGCUGCACGUGACGCAUUUGAUGUUGGAGAUGAGAGCUCGCUACAAGUAUUAGGAGAAAUUAAUGAUCUCUGGAAUGAUUGUUCAUCAUCUACUUAUUCAUUCUAUCCAUUUGUUGACGAUCUUAAAAGAAAUAUUAUUGAAACUUUGCAGAAGACGAUAUAA